UGUAUCAUAUUGGGUCUUUUGUACACAAUCUAAUUUUGCAUUUCUAUAAGAAGUUGUUGCACGGUUUGAACUCAACUUUCUUGUCACACAACAACUUAUAUCGUUUUCCUCAGAUAAUUAAUUACCAUAAUGUUGGUCUUCUUAAUUACAUUCAACUCCAUGCUUCUGGCGUUUCUAUUUUGUAAAUUUGAUAUUAAUUACAUUUCAUUAACAAUGUAUGUUACCUUACCACUAAUCUAUAGUAUUUAAACCGUCCUAAACAUCUCAGAUUAUAUAUCCAAGUGCUAAUUAGCUCUUCUCUCAGGUCACUUCAGCUCAAAACACACACGAGAGGAAGAGCCAGUGUUAGCAACAAAUACGAAGAUGAGUAGCAGGUUGAUUCUUUUGUUUGUUGUGUGUGUUCUCGUGCAAGCGACAUAUGCAAGGAAGCUUCUUCAGUUUCCAUCCGUGGACAUCCCCGGCUUAGAUGGAAUUGACAAUAUUAUCGGAGGUAUUGUAGGCGGCGGUGGUGGAGGAGGUGGCGGCGGAGGUAAGAAUGGUGGAUUUGGUGGGGGAUUAGGAUCUGGCUCUAGUGGCGAUGGAGGAGGAGGUGGAGGCGGUGGUGGUGGAGGCGGAGGUGAGAAUGGUGGAUCUGGUAGCGGAAUGGGAGGUGGCUUUGGUAGUGGAUCAGGUAGGGAUGGAGGUGGUGGAGGCGGAGGUGGUGGAGGAGGAGGAGGAGGAGGAGGAGGUGAGAAUGGUGGAUCUGGUUGGGGAGGUGGCUUUGGUCAGGGAUCAGGCAGCAACGGAGGCAGCGGUAGUGGUGGUGGUGGAGGAGGAGGAGGAGGUGCAAAUGGUGGAUCUGGCUGGGGAAUUGGAGGUGGCAGAGGUAGUGGAUCAGGUAGCAAUGGAAGCGGCGGUGGCGGCGGCGGAGGAGGAGGUGAAAAUGGCGGUAGUGGUUUUGGUGGCGGAGCAGGUGAAGGCCAUGGAGAUUUGGCGGCAAUUGAUCCAAUUGAAGUUUAAAUAAGGCUUCUUUAUACGACUUUUGGUGGUCACCAUUUUCACCGAAUUUUUUUCAAUAUUUUUGAAAUUAUAUUAAAGAAAUAAAGACAAUUGUCAUUUUAAACCAUAUUCUGUC